GUGAGUCACAGCCCACACAGGCCCCCUACAGAUGAAGGUAACAACUGUUUGACCAUCAGGGCUGGGCUGAGACCUACAUCCCUGAGGCAUGGCUCCAGCACUCUGAUUCCUGGGCCCCAGCCAUGCUGCUGAGGGCGAGUGGCCCAGCUUACCAUCGUCCUCCACCCUCAGGGGCAGCACCAGACACCACCCAACAAGGUGUAAUUUCUUUAGGCCUCCAGGAUGGCCAUCCAAUUCCGUUCACUUUUCCCCUUGGCAUUGCCUGGAAUGCUAGCAGUCCUUGGCUGGUGGUGGUUUUUCUCUCGUAAAAGGCAUGUCAGCAGCCAGGACAGACAGGUGGAGGCCAGCGCUAUGGAGCUGAGGGCUGGCUGUACCAUCAGAGAGCCACGCCCCAGGGAGAACCUCUGUCCUGGAGUAGUGUCCACGCCCCCCAACGUCAGACUGCUGGCGGAAAAGGAGCCGUCUACCGUGAGCAAGCCUCCCGCAGAGCCCCCAGCCUUGCUGCGGCCACAUCCAACCUGUCGCAGGUCCGAGUCCUCAGGCAGCCUUCCUAACACCACGGACACGAGAUUUCGACCAGGAACACGCAGAGAUGACAGUGCAAAGGUGGAACUAGCCCUAACGGGUGAUGAAGCUGGGUCCGUUCCUCCAGAGUGUCCCCUCCCAACCCCAAAGAGUGUUCCUUUUGCCCACGAAGUGGCCGAGGUGUGCAAGCGAGAGUCCCCGUUCAGUGCGACGGGAGGGGGGGGCUGGCAGGGCCAGGCUGCGGCCCCCCAAGAGAAGCCGAGAGAGACGGGGGGGACCGAAGGCACCGGUGACGCAGCGUCAGGAGAAGGCGUGCUGGAAGAGGGUGUGCAGUCCCCGGAGCCCGACUCUGAAUCGGACAGCAGCAAGGCGCCCAGCCCCGCUCCCUCGGGAGCAGUGGGGGAGAGCGGGAAGGUCAGCCCACCGCAGACGGAGGAGGAGGAGGAGGCAGUGGGGAAGCUGCUGAGCAGCCUCAUCGAAUCGGCUCACACGGAGCUGAUGGAGGAUGACGAGCUGCUGGUGCCACGGGUCAGCGGCGGAGCCUGCCACGCAGAUGGCACAGGGGGGCCAGGCAAAGAGACAGUGGAGCAAAAUGAGAAGAUCGAGCAGGCUGCCUACCAGAUCAUCUCCAGAGUGAUCUUGGAGGCAACUGAAGAGGUGCUGGCCACCACCGUGGGCAGGAUUGCAGAUCGGGUGUAUCAGGCUUCAGCUGGUCAGCUCCAAGGGCAGGAGGAGAGCUGUGUGCCGGUCUGCCAGAAAUCUGCCCCGGGGCAAGAUGCUGAGGAGCCUGCUCCAGCCACCAAGGAGGCAGAGGCAGCCUCCGCCGCAGAUGCCACACUCCCCUUGCCACACCUGCCCGCAGAGGACCUGCCACCACCAAAGACCUAUAGGAGCUGCCUGAGCAGCCCUCUGUCCAGCCCCACCAAGGACAGGAAGCCAAAGAACUCCGCACACCACAUCUCCCUGGCGCCUUGCCCACCUCCAGCCGUCCCCCAGGGAGAGUCGCUAGAUGAAGCCCGAGUCCUGGUGGAAAAUGCCGGAUGCAUCCCCUGCACUUCUGACACCAGCCAGGAGGCCCCUUCAGUGGCCUCUGAGCAGUGCUCAGAUUCCAUCAGCACUUCGGGGCUUGAAGACUCGUGUGUAGACACCAACUCAAGCCCCAGGAGCAAGGCCAUCUCCCCGCCACCGCUGCUAGAAAGUACUGUACCCUUCAGCAAUGGGGUGCUGAAGGGGGAGCUAUCAGACUUGGGGAAUGAGGACAGAUGGACCGUGGAUGCAGAAGCAGAUCAUUCGGGAGGCUCGGACGGGAACAGCAUGGACUCAGUGGAUGGCUGCUGUGGCCCCAGGAAGACUGACAGUUUCCAGAACGCCCAAGCAGGCUCCAGUCCUAAGAAGGUGGACCUCAUCAUCUGGGAGAUUGGGGUGCCCAAGCACUUAGUUGGUCGGCUAAUUGGCAAGCAGGGGCGGUAUGUGAGUUUUCUGAAGCAAACAUCUGGUGCCAAGAUCUACAUCUCAACCCUGCCUUACACCCAGAACAUCCAGAUCUGCCACAUAGAAGGUUCUCAGCAUCAUGUAGACAAAGCACUGAACUUGAUUGGGAAGAAGUUCAAAGAACUGAACCUCACCAAUAUCUACGCUCCCCCCCUGCCGUCACUGGCACUGCCUUCUCUUCCAAUGACUUCCUGGCUCAUGCUCCCUGAUGGCAUCACUGUGGAGGUGAUCGUGGUCAACCAGGUCAAUGCCGGGCACCUGUUCGUGCAGCAGCACACGCACCCUACCUUCCAUGCACUGCGUAGCCUGGACCAGCAGAUGUACCUGUGUUACUCGCAGCCCGGAAUCCCCACCUUGCCCACCCCGGUGGAAAUAACGGUCAUCUGCGCUGCCCCUGGCGUGGACGGUGCUUGGUGGCGAGCCCAAGUGGUGGCCUCCUAUGAGGAAAGCAAUGAAGUGGAGAUCCGCUACGUGGACUACGGUGGAUAUAAGAGAGUGAAAGUGGACGUGCUCCGGCAGAUCCGAUCUGACUUUGUGACUCUGCCAUUCCAGGGAGCAGAGGUUCUUCUGGACAGCGUGAUGCCCUUGUCAGAUGAUGACCACUUUUCACCUGAAGCGGAUGCAGCCAUGAGCGAGAUGACCGGAAACACAGCGCUGCUGGCUCAGGUGACAAGUUACAGUCCAACUGGCCUUCCUCUAAUUCAGCUAUGGAGUGUGGUUGGAAAUGAAGCGGUGUUGAUAAACCGGUCGCUGGUGGAGCGAGGCCUUGCUCAGUGGGUAGACAGCUACUACGCGAGCCUCUGACCCCCGUCUCCCACAGACGCUUCUGGAGUCUUUAUGCACUGUUGAAACCGGGCUUGGCGCUGAGGCAAAGACACUACAUCAGAAUAACAAACGUUAUCUUCCCCAGAAAGUCGUCUUUUUCCCCCCCCCCACAUUGUAGUCAUGUUGAGAAGUCUCCUCUUUCAGACAAGGAAGGAACCAUGGGUUCUUUCAAAGCCAUAGGAUGGUGUUUAACAAGCCAGUCAGUUUAGGCUGGUUCCAAGCCUUUAAAAAAAAAAAAAAAAAAAAAAAAGUGAAAGUAAAACUGUCUCAACCAGGUUGUCCUUGACCACCUCCGUUCCCAUCUUCCUUCCCACCUGCUCCCCUCACUCAGAGCCAAACCAACCGCAGCAGACGGACCAAGGGAUGUGUUGCCUGAGAGGGUUUCUUUUCCUUCAAAAUCUUUCUUCAGGGAGCAAGACAUGAAAUCACUAAUUGGUAUUGAUUACUUGUACAGCUUACGUCAACAAAUUUAUGAUGUUUGGCCAGUUUUUAUAAACUUCAUCUAGGUCUCUAGGAAGGCAGACUUUUUAAUGCAUAUGUAAAUACGAAGCAGUCAGAUCUCUGGCCUUGGUCCGUGGGGGGGCGGGGGCGGGGAAGGGUUACCUUGCCAAGCCUGGUUGUAAUUUGUAACCAUUUUCUAUUUGUGCAAACUCUGUAAAUAUAUGUUUAAAAAAAUGUAAUAUUUUGUAUAAGAUACACUGGAGAACAAAGGGAACUCAAGAUUUUUCCACACCCCACAUGAUCAGUGAGCUACCCCUGCGGGCUCCUGUGGCUUCCAGCACACUGGACAGGGUGACUGUAGGGUAUAGAUUGUGAGCUGGGAUUUUUUUUUUUUUCCUGUACAAAUUUGUUAAAAAAAAAAAAAAAUCAACUCAUUUGAAUUAC